CAACCGUCAAAGACUGCCAAUUCUUUCUGCCACCAACCUCUCGAAGUCCCCAGCCACUCUCCCACACGGGCUUCUUUCCUUUCAUAACAUCACUGCGCCGACCUAGAUCGCUACAAGUCCACGCGAUCGUAUCGCAAUAGUCACGCUGUCAAACAGCGUCUGCCAUCUUUCUCAGCUGCCAGCCUUCUUCUUCGUGUUUGUCGCAACCCAUCACGGCUUACGCGACUCGACCAUUUUCAUCAACGCUCCUUGUCACAUCUACGACCAGCGUGUCUGAUUGAAAGCAAUUCGCCGAGCGAUUACUUUCGUCAACUUGCAUCUCUAAUUACGAGUCGCAACUAGACACGCGACCCGACCGCCCAUUUUUUAUCCUUCAGACCAGCUACACUCAUUCUUCCGUCCCUCGACGUAAAUUUCAACAUGUCUACCAAGCUCAACCAGUCUCUCGAGGAGAUCCUCAAGACCAACCGCAGUGCCGGUCGUGGCCGCGGUGGCCGCCCUCGCCGCAGCACCAGGCCGACCAAGACUGUUGCUCCUACUGGCGGCGUCAAGAAGAACACCAAGCCUGUCGGUAAGGCUGCCAAGCAGGCUCCUGCCAAGGCCACCAAGGGCCCUCGUGGCAGCCAGAUUCAGAUGAGCAAUCUGCCCAAGGACGUCUCCGAGACCCAGAUCAAGGUAUGUGAUCGAUGAGGCUAUUGCAGCCAUACGGGGCUUCUUUCGGCAUCCACUUCCAUCGCGUAUAACAUCGACCAAAAAACCCUUUCCCUCGGUCGGACAGAUGGCGGUUUUCCAUUUCGCGUCCACCUAUCCGGUGGCUUGGUCAGACCUCAACAACGUCUCCUUCCUCGCUCUCCGCGGCGCACACAUGCUUUGACGCUGCGAGGUCGCGUACAGGAAGUCGAGCAUCGCGUGUCGCGCAUACACAACAGCAUGCUCAGAUAGCCUGGCAAGCAUCUAAAAGAGCGCUGUCUGCGACGAGUCAAUCGCGAAGGAGUGUCAGCACCAGAGUGUCUCCCUCCGCGGCCCUACCCUUGGCUGCCGUCCUUGAUGAGAAAGCGUUCCAUCACCUAUUUCGCGAGCAAAGCAGUGAGCAACAGCGAAUUCCAUACUCGACACUUGCGGCGGCACACGGCCUUUCCUAUCGCGUCUAUGGCGGUCUUCUUUUUCUCUCUUAGCACGAUUGUCGAUAGCGGUGGCCUUUUGUGUGCGAGGCGAUAUUGUUUUGCCUGAGCGGUAGCAGUCUUCUUCUUAGUCGCAGUGAUGCAGACUCGAGAAGUGGCUAAGCUCCUGAGGCCUUCUCAGGUUGAGUGUAAAAUCUCCACCUAGAAGAGAGGCGAGUUGGCAUUCGGGGUCUUGGUGGCAUAGAUUCCCUUAUUCUCCUCGUCCGGCCAGAGCCGUUUGUCAGCUGCCGUGAGGUUGAUGGUGGCUCUUGACGGUUCUUAUCACUAACGCUCACUGCUUUGCUCGCUCGAUACUUGAUGUUGGAAGAUUUUCGGUCUUUUGGAAAAUGAACGGCGAACACUGCGAUUACGACCAAGCGACCUGUCGACUGGAGCGCACUGGGGAUACUCUCAGAUUGCUUGCUAACACGUGUUUCUCUCCUGUUCAGGACUACUUCGCAGAGCUUAACAAGGACACCAAGAAGGGUCCGGUCGGCACUAUCGUGAAGCUCGAGUCAUUCUCCAGCGGCACCCGUAACAUGUUCCAGGUUGCCUUCAGGCAAUCUGAUGCUGCCUACAAGGCCCUCGACCGUCUUAAGGACAUCAAGAUCGAUAACAAGCCCAUCGAUGUCAAGAUCCUGGUCUCUGGGGACGCCGUUCCCGAGCCUCCCACCUUGAGCCAGCGCGUCACCAGCGCGCCCAAGACGGCUGCUCCCACCAAGGCUGGCCCCAAGCCCAAGAAGGCUGCUGUUGGUGCGAGUGUCAAGGACGCCAAGAAGGGUCGUGCUGGCCGCGCCAAGAACGCGCGACCGGCCAAGAAGACGGCGGAUGAGCUCGACGCCGAGAUGGCUGACUACUUCGACGCUGCUAAAGCCUCCGCUGAGGCGAACGGUGCGGCUGCCAACGGCGAUGCUCAGAUGGAGGACGAGAUCAUGUGAGAGGCACCUUCCAAUCAGUAACUAGAAGCGGUAUCCGCCUGAGGAACGCAUCUUCAACCGGUCAACCUGUUUCCCAAUUGAUGGGGGAAACGGGGGUAGGAAGGUACAUUCGGACAGUACUUUUCUUUCCAAGAGUGGCGCAUUUCUUUCUUUCCCUUUCCUUGUGUGAGGGGAUUUCACUUGUCCGAUUUCCAGACGAAUGAGAUCGAGGUGGCAGCAGAUUGACGAUGACCAGAAUGGGAAUAUUCCAUCGUAGCAACCUAAUGGCGGUUUUUUGAUUGCUAGGGAGGCUGUUCAUGCUAUACCACUACAACUUGUAUAGCGUACACUAUGUGGAAUGCACAACACAUUUUCCGCCC